AUGACCUCAGUCGGGGAAGAGCCAUUCAAAAGCAUAUGGAGGGAAAGCACAAUAAAGGCCCUUGUGGGGGAAAACAAGACCGUUUACCAUAUCCAUCCCGGUGCUCUGAUCCAAGGCAAAUCUGCAUUGACCGCCAGGGUGACUGCGCCUUGGAAAAAUGCCGGAAAAGAAGAAUUGGAUUGGUCCGAUUUCGAUGAAGAAACCAUCGACUGUGUCCUGAUGUUCUGCUAUGCGGAACAUUGCAGGGCCCCAGGGCAAAAAAGCUUUCCUUCAACUCUUCGAAGCUGCGCGGGAGACGCGCUAGUGCUACAUGCGAAGGUCUACUCAUUCGCCUUGCGUUACCUUGUCAAAGACCUGCAACACUAUGCUCUUGGCCAAAUGAUAGAUUGUUUCGAACCUCUUCUGGAAGAGCAUGACUUUUCAUCCGAACCAGCGUCUGCCCGUCUAGCAGAUACAGUUCGGAUUAUCUAUGGUAACACGCCUUCAUCGAAUGUUCGCACAGAUUAUGCUCGAGGGGCGCUGUGCUCUUUCAUUGCUCAUUGUCAAGAAAAGUUCAGCCAACAUUAUAUUAAGUUCCAAGAAGACACAGGGGAAUUCAUGAAGGACCUGGCUUACUCACUGUCUAAAAUACUGUCUUUAGCUGACCCCGAAAAGGAAUUUGACCUAAAGGAGGACCUCAAGAGAGACCUACGGUGGAUGAUGGCAGUUUCCAACGUGGAAAAAGAUAUGAGGCUGGAUAACUAG